GCGUAUAUGAGAAUGUGUGAUCUAACAUUGCUGUAGCCCCCAAAUAUCAGGAACACAAUCACUCUCGGCGAACUCCACUUUUGCUGAGAACCGAGAAAUCAGAGAGAAGUAGACAGUAAACGACAAAAAAUGGACAUAAAAUCAAUGGCGAAAUCGAAGAGAUCUCACACCCAACAUCACCAGCCCAAAAAACCUCCCAAAACAACUUCUUCCAGUUCUUCUGCUACUUCCACUUCUACUGCGGCGAAGAAAGAUGGUAGAGAGAGAAAGAAGGCUUCUUUACCAACCCCUUCACUUCCUUCAAAUUGGGAUCGAUAUGAAGAUGAAAAUCUAGAAGAUGAAAUUGAAGUAGUACGAUUCCACUCGGAUUCUUAUCAACCGAGUCCACUCGCCGAUUCUGAGUCUAAAUCAGCGGUUGAUGUUGAUAUUGAUGUGUUUAAGCCGAAGAGUAAAGGUGCUGAUUUCAGAGAUUUGAUUGCUCAAGCGAAAGAGUCUCGCUCUUAUUAUUCGCCUUCUUUUGAUGAUAAGUUGCCUGAGUUCUACCAGGGAGCGGCACCAAUGUUUGCUGUUCGGGGGGAAAAGAUUAUUUUACAGGAUAGGGAUGAUGAUUUUCUUAUGGAGUGUGAAGUGAGUGGCACUGAAGAGGUACCUUUUUUGACCCUAGAUCUAGAGGAUAUUGCAGAGCGGUUGUCAAACGUUGAUAUAGCUAAAAGACUCUUCAUCGAACCAGAUCUUUUUCCUCCUGAAUUGCGUGGCCAAGAAUCAAAUGAAGCUGAUAAUCAGGUGCCUUUUCAGAUAGACGAGAGACGAAAGAUGGAAAGAGUUGAUAGUUUCGGUGAGUUACUUGCUCUUUAUUUACAUGAGGAACAAAUGGCGAAAAGGCAGGAAGAUAUAGAUAGAGACGGUAUGAUAACUACAUCAAUUGCCCAGGACCACUAUGAUCCAGAUCAAGAAUCAGAAUCCAGUGUGGAUUUAAAACAGAGCAAACUGAAUGCCUUUGGAUAUAUUGAUGCCAGAGAAACAGUACAGAUCAAAUAUGAUAGCAAGAAAGAAGCAAAGAGCAAUUUAGAUUAUGCGGGGCAAGUUAGUCAUGUUACUGAACAAGUUACAAAGAGCAAAUUGGUAGACUUGGACUUUGUAGAUGAGAGAGAAAAGCCUCAGAUUACUGAUGUUGCUGAGCCAGAUAGAAGACCUACGUCUAGAUUCGAGGCAGCUUCUGCAGAAACAGAACUUGACAUGCUUCUUGGAUCAUUGAACGAUACGAAGCUUUUUGAUACACCAAUUAAUCAACCAGGAACAUCAGCAUAUAAGAUGGAAGAUAUUGCAGUCGAUGGAGCUCUGUCAAAACAUUCAUCGGGUCAAUCUGCAUCUUUAUGUCCCUUAACCAGUACUCUCGACGAUGAGCUUGAUGACCUCCUUGCGGAAACAACUAAAGCAGACAACAAAGAUGGUCUUUCCCAAUUUACUCAGGUUCAGUCAUCCUCUUUGUCCCAACCGAGUUCCAAGUCCAAGGUUCUGGAAGAUUUUAGUUUGUGGCUGGAUACUAUAUGAUUGUAACUUCUGAACCCCUUUCUGUAUUCUAGAUGUGUGUCGUAUAUUUCUAUUAAUAUUUGUUAAAGUAAACUUGUCUUAACUAAUCAACACUCCUCCAUAGCUAAACAAGUAAUCAAUCAAAACAUACAAGCACUGUUUUUGACUCACGUAGUUGCUACAUGCCUGCGUCAUGUGUUUGCUUUUGCUCACGUAGUUUCUACAUCAUGUGCAUCUGUUUUCCACAGAAGAAGACAAUGACUAUUCUGACAUCCCAUGAGCUAUAUUAUGGAUGUUUACUUUUGUCUAAAUCCUCUUCUCGAAGAUUUGAAUAAUCAAAUAUAUUAAAGCAAAUCGCGAUUUAUAGCAAGAA